AUGGGAAACGACAUUAGUGGUGUGAAUUCUGGGACCGAGAUAACUUGCCCCUACAAAACACUGGAGGAGCUUCAAGAAGUCUUAAAAAAAGAGGGACUUAAAGAUUCCAAUUUAAUAGUUGGAAUUGACAUGACUGGGUCGAACAUCUCCACAGGCAAACAAACGUACAAAAACAAUCUCCACUUUUUCGACGGCGAACACGAAAACCCAUAUAUGCGAGUGAUGGAUAUUAUGGCUCGUGCAUUGAAGCCAUUUGAUGAGGAUGGAUUGAUCCCUGUUUUUGGGUUUGGUGCGAAGAAAGAAGGAGCCAACGAACUCUUUUUCGACUUGAAUCCUGAAGGGAAGAUGUUUGUUGGCAUUGAGAAGGCGAUUGAACAGUACAAAAUCACAAUUCCAACAUUGACGUUUUCCGGUCCGACUACCUUUGUUCCCCUCAUCGAACACGCUACACAAAUAGUCCAACAGAACGACCAAGCGUUCCACGUCCUAAUUAUAAUAACAGAUGGACAAUUGAGUGACGUCGACGAGAACAUCGUUGCCAUUGAAGAAGCCUCAAACAACAGUUUGUCGAUUGUUUGCGUCGGUGUGGGAGAUGGUCCCUUUGGGGUGAUGUACAACCUUCAAAAAGUGGUACGAAACUCGAAGUUUAAUAACUUCACAUUCAUCGAUUUCAACAGUUUCACUAAUAAGGAAGGAGACGACGUCGAUGUCUCUUUCGCGUUUGCAGCGAUGAGAAGAAUCCCACAACAAUAUAUCGAGACAGAACGACUGUUCAGAAGGCCUUCUGCUGAGGACCAAGAACCUGAGAAAUCUGAUCACUAA